GUGAUCCUUCUUGUGAUUUAACGCUGUUGAAAGUCGAAAAAAUCCCAAGAUAUAAAGCCAACAUCAUGCAGGAAUUUCGCAUCCUGGACAUCUUCACUGGCCUCUUCACUUCGGCGCUGUGCUUUGGACUCUCUAUGGCAUCGUAUCCCGACAGCGUCAACGUGGUUUCAGGCUCCUCUGGUGCACAUGGCUGUGGGGGCGGACGGACUACUUCCGUGCGCUUCAGGUCCCUGCAAGUGCGGGGCCCGAAGUCGAUGGUGACUUACCUUCGUUUCUCGAUCACGGAGAGCGAUUUGGCAUUCGCCACUAAUGCGUCCAAGAAAAUCACUGCGUCAGAUGUGGUGCAGUGCGCAAGAACGUCAGCCUUGGCAGUAGUCGACAGUUACCAGCUAUUUUACGUCUUCCCUCGAGAAGAUGACGAUCACAACGCUGUUACUUUCUUCGGUUUGGACAUAGAUUCUUGCGUCACCGACACCCUGUGCGGGAUGCCCGUCCUCGUCAACAUAACUCAUCUUACUUAUUACAUACUAAACGAAUGCGGCAACACCAUCCAACUCCCGCCUCAAAAUAGCGAAACAUUCAUUGCGGUGUUCUCACAUCCCGGGUUUGGAUGCAAGGCUUUCCCCGACGGGCCGACCUACAACUGCAGCGUCACUUUCAUCGCAGCUACUUUACGGGACUUUUACUAUUAUGGUUCUUUCUUUGGCACUAAUGGGUCCUGCGACGGCUACACGCUGGGCCUUGAAAGAAUCUACUCCGGUAUUUCAGAAAACGUCAAUUUGUGCACUGAUAAAUGGAACGGAAACAUCGCUACUGCAACUUUCAUUCUCCGAGGCACGGCGGCGGCGAAGAUGUUCAAAGCGGGGUUCACCGUUUUUAUGCCAUAGGCGAUGAGACUGGCA